AUCGGAGAACGAGAUGAAGAAAUUAACGCCAAGCAAAUAACAAUUAACAACUUGAUUAGAGAACGAGACGAAUUAACCGAAGCCAAACAAGAAACAGUUAAAGAAAAGAUUAAAGAACGAGAAGAAGAAACCAAAGGCAAGCAAGUAACUAUUAGCGAUUUAAAAGAAAAGAUCGGAGAACGAGAUGAAGAAAUUAACGCCAAGCAAAUAACAAUUAACAACUUGAUUAGAGAACGAGAUGAAUUAACCGAAGCCAAGCAAGAAAAAAUUAGUAAUUUAGAAGAAAAUAUUAAAGAGCGCGAAGGAGAAGCCAAAGCCAUGCAAGUUACUAUUAGCGGUUUAAAAGAAAUGGUCGGAGAACGAGAUGAAGAAAUUAACGCCAAGCAAACAAUAAUUAACAACUUGAUUAGAGAACGUGACGAAUUAACCGAAGACAAGCAAGAAACAGUUAGUAAUUUAGAAGAAAAUAUUAGGGAGCAAGAACAAGUAACCGAAGUAAAUGCAAAAACUAUUAUUGCCUUAGAAGAAAAGAUUAAAGAGCGCGAAGAAGAAGCCAAAGCCAUGCAAGUAACUAUUAACGGUUUAAAAGAAAAGAUUAGAGAACGAGACGAAGAAAUUAACGCUAAGAAAAAUACCAUUAACAAUUUGAAAGAAAAGAUUAGGGAGCAAGAACAAGUAACCGCAAAAGCAAAAACUAUUUAUACCUUAGAAGAAAAGAUUAAAGAGCGAGAAGAAGAAGCCAAAGCCAAGCAAGGACCAACUAGUAAUUUUGAAGAAAAAAUUAAAGAACAAGAAGAAAUUAUUGAAUCCAAAGCAAAAAUAAUUUAUGCUUUAGGAGAAAAGAUUAAAGAGCGAGAAAUAGAAACCAAAACCAAUCAAGAAAUUAUUAACGAUUUAAAAGAAAAGAUCGGAGAACGAGAUGAAGAAAUUAACGCUAAGCAAAAAACUAUUACCAUCUUAACAGAAGAGGUUAGAAAACGGGGAGAUUUAACCAAAGCUAAGCAAGUAACCAUCAAUGUUUUGGAGCAAAAGAUUAAAGAGCGAGAAGAAGAAGCUAAAGCCAAGCAGGCCACUAUAAAUUAUUUAAAAGAAAAGGUUAAUGCGCAAGAAAAAACAGCCAAAACUAAUCAAAAUAUCAUUAGCGAUUUAAGAGAAAUUAUCGGAGAACGAGAUGAAGAAAUCCAGGCCAAGCAAAAAACUAUUAAUGAGUUAAAAGAAAAAAUUAUGGAGCAAGAGAAAAAGAUCAUAGAGACUAAUGAUAAUGCGAAAGCUUGUGCUAUGUUGCUUAACUGGAAGGGUUUACCCCCACGCUCUGGUAAAAUUGAGAUUAGUUAG